UCCCAGCCGCGUUGCCGUACGCGGAAAUGUCGUUGCCAAACCAAAGCUCACAUAGAAGAGAAGCGAUAACUGUCAUUCAGCAGUGGUGAGCAGAUCUGCUGGUGUGAGAUGGCAGAUGCAUCAGCUCGUGGUUUUGAAGCGGAGCCUCUGAAGGGUGGAGAGACAGAAGGGAGCGUGUCUAAGGAGAAAGGCUGCGCAGGAAAGCUGGGAUUCUCCCGUCUGACAGGCUGGCGCACAGCAGCGUUCCUCCUCUCUCUCUUCGUGUGCCUGAUGGUGGUCUUCGCCUUUUCAUUCAUCCUUCCCUGCCCCGUACGACCGCAAUACCUGCCCACCUGGAACCACACGCUCCCUGCCGCAGCCACAUAUAAUUUCCUGGCGGUUGAGGACGCCAAUGGAGACAAAGUCUUGGAUGUGUUCUUCGUGUACAAGGAUGCUGAUGAGAGCCGCAACACAUGUUUGAGUCGAAAUUUAUCAAUCCCCUGUAUGGUUUUAACGGCUGUUGAUGGCACCGAUGGGAAGACGCUUUGGAAAAGACCUUUAGCUGCUGAGUUUGAUUGGGUGGAGUGUGGCGUAAAGGGGCUCGGAAGAAAAGGGUCAGGAUGUCUGGUUGCUCACGCAGACACACUCACGGCGAUCGACAAAAACUCCGGUGAGAUAAUGUGGCAGCAGUCGCGCUCUACUAUGAUGGAUGGAAAUCUCCCGCUGAUCAGCGCUAUGGAUCUGAAUGCUGACGGAGCAGAGGACUUUGCUGUGCUUUCAUAUAAUCCUGAAGCAUCAUCAUUCACACCCAUACCGAAGCUGGUGUUUUUCUCAGGGAGGUCAGGUGAUCAGAUCGGCUCACGGGUGGAUGUCGAUGUGAAUGGGGUUAUUGGUCAUCUACCGUUCAAAACGGCCAGCGGCGCUCCAUACCUGCUGUUACUUAAUGACUCAGGGCUCUAUGCGGUGUGUGUGCAACAUCUGGCAGCUCGGGCUGGUCUGAAGCCUGCGCUGAAGAAAGAGAAAAGCUGGGAGGAAAGAUCAGAUGGUCAAACUGGAUUGAUCUCACUCUAUCAGUCUGAUUCCCUGAAGCGUGUGUCGGUUGUUCAUGACAGUGGUUCUCCAUCACUGCUGGUCCAAACGGACUCCAGCGUGUCACUGCUGCUCACAGACAAACUGAAGAUCGCAUGGACCACCAACACCAGCGCUCUGCUCAGUGUGCCUACAUUUGGGCAAUUCGACAAAGAUGGAAUUCCAGAUAUAAUGAUAGAGGAAGACAUUGGCAAUGACACCAAAAGAGUGCUGGUUCUCAGCGGACACUCUGGAGACGUCCUGUGGAAGCUCAAUCUGUCGUUCUGGACUCCGAGUCCUCGUCCGGCGUCAGUCCUCACGCAAAACGCAUUCUCAGUGUUCAUGCUUUGGGGACAGGGUCACAGCAACCAGACAAUGCAGUCAUCAUUCCUGCUCCAUCCUCGACACACACAACUGCUGCUUGAAAGAAGAAAUUCUGCACAGAACAUCGUCUCUUUUAAGGCAACGCUGUUGGAGCAAGGUCGCCACGCCUGUUACCUCGUUCUGACUGGACCGGACGGACGACAGCAUGCAGAGUUAGGCGAGACGGAGCCUGUGAUUCUGACCAAACGGAAGAUAAAGGAUGACGUGUCGGAGAGCGGCGUUCUGGGAGUAGCAGCCGAUGAACCGAUCUCUGACGACAUGGAGAAGUCCGUGAAGGAGGCCUUCCACAUGCUGCGCUUCAGUGAUGCACUUUACUGAGACACAAUGAACACUAAUCUUCAACCCAAAGGUCACACAGGCUAAAAGCCAGUUGCUGCAUGUAGAACUUGCACUCUUGAAAUCCGAAACAGAGUUUAUGUCUCGACCGUUUUAUUUAGAAUAUCUGUUCAUCUAGACUUGGACUAAGAAUAAAACCCAAGACACUAAACCAAAUCAUCAGGGCUUUUCCCCUGAUACUAUACAAGUGAAUGUAUUCAUUUAGAAGGGACACACACUUUUGGCUCAUGCUGCAUGACAAUCAUAAACUACCGUACUGUAAAGCAUCAGAUUUCUGCAUAAGGCAGAUGACUGUCAAGAGGUACGUUUAUAUUCGGAAGUAUCUGGGAUUUCAUAUAAAGGUGAAUCUCAUACAGAAAAGUCCAGGUCAUGAAAAAU